GGCUUCUUCACAGUAUCGCCUUGGCUGGGCGGAAUCUAGCCUCACUUAAACUGAGAAGCGACUGUUUUCUACGUUAGCAUGGUGACGGCGUGAACGUCUACCGGUUAAAACUGUUUCUACCAGUUUCACGAUUAUACAAUGUACAGCCAGCUUUUCAGGAUUUGGAUUAUGACGCAAUAAUGUCAAGGGUGAGCUGUGGCAAGAGAGAAUAUUUGUUGCAAACCGUCUGUGGAUACGCUUUAUAUUAUGCUGCACUAUAACUAAGAUUCACCAUUUGCUAACACAAGGUAGGCCAAUAGUUCUUGAGUACGUUGCCGAAAGUAAUGCUUAUUAUUAUUAUUGUAUCUAUGACGUAUGUAUCUGAGUCUGAAAUAAUACGGCUCGAAAUUCCUGGUGGAGUGAAGCGUGUCGAAGCGGAUGUGGGCAUGAUAGUGUUUUGAAAAAUACUGUUGCGUGUGAGGCUUAAUUACGCCAGGAUCUUUAAUGGAGGUCUAUAGAGUAGACAUGACAAUCCUGCCUGCUAUGACAAACUGCAGUACCCUGGUAGCUGCUGAUCUCCGAUAGAGCGGAGGAAGAAGAAGAAGAAGAAGAAGAAGAAGUAGAGUUCCAGUUUGUAAGUGUUUUUGGAAGGAAUCAGUAUCAAUAAUAUUAACGUGAAUUUGCAACGCACCUAAUGCUAUGUUACUAAGCGCCACGGUGCGCUUCUGUGCUAGCAGCCAGUAGGUAAAGCAUCGUAAUUUUACCAAAUAGAGAGCUAGGACAACAAAAUAAUAUAAACCCUUAAGACUUACGCCCGAAGAGAGAUGGAAAUGAGUUUAACCUGAUGAUCGAUGAACAGGCAUUGCCCUACAAGCAUCGAUGGAUUAAAGUGCUUUCCUUGGAUAGAAGAUAAAUCAAGGAAUUUCUCAUGGUAACUUAAUCUUCUUUGGACUGAGGAAUAAAGAAUUGUUUUACCAAUUUGAAACAGUACUUUGCCAGCAACUCAAUCUACAGUCAUGAUUUCCAGGAAACGGGUGAUCUAUAAGUGUGUGGCGCUUUUGGGCGCGGCAUGUCUUAUUUUAUUUGUGAUAAAGUCAAAUAGAGCGACCUCUAGUGACGAUGACGUGCCCCGGCUGAUGGGCAGAGAGCAUAUAAAUGACCAAGAGAGUAUGGACCUGCAGGCACUCCAUAUCGCCUUACGAUCGAGAGGCAAGGUAGACGGGCAGUACACCACCAGAACGCUGAGCGCCAAGGACGGGCCAAAGGAAUUAUCCGGAGUAGAGGACAUUGUCCAUGAAGAACAAAAUGAAUGGAUCAAUAGUGCUCAACUGAAUGCCAAGUUUCAAUUGAGCAAUGACUUACAUCAGGGUGAUUCGAAAGAACCACAUCCUCCUGUACAAGAAAACGUGGAAACGCUCGACGAACCGCGUUCCCAAGACGAGUGGAAAAGACACUUACCGGUUAUCAUAGAUGGGGAGCAUUUACAGGAUGAUUUCGAUCAUGAUCCAAGACAAGACGGUGAGCAGAACGAUGAGGGACUCCUCAAGGAUGCGAAGGGCAAAUUGAAGGCGUUCGUGAAACCUGACGGCGUUGCUGACGUGGCGAGGGCAGCGGCGUUUGUGGACAAGACCCCACCAAUUGUCAAAAACAAAACCGCACCGGCCAAGCCGGCAAGGAAACGGGUGAGGGUGAUUCGAAGGACCGUGCGUAACGGGAAGGUCAUCCAUGAAGAGGUCGUCGGCAUCAAGACGGUGAUCACGAACCCCGACACAAACGCGACCAAAAUUGUGGUGAAAGGCGAUGUACACAUACGUUCCUAUGAUGAGGUCUGGUACAGCGAUAUUUUGAAUGGUAACUUCAAAGCGAACCAGGUCCAGCUCAGGAACAAGACGAGAGAUACCCCUUACCUGACUGAAAAGCUCUGGCGGUUCCAGGACACCAACUCUGAGAGACUGUUUCUCUACGAGAGGAUGAUACAGCACGGUUGGCGCAAAAACUUGACAAACCUUAUGCAUCUCAGGCAAGAGCUCUCUGAGAGUGGGGUCGAUGCUGCAAAUGAUCUGGUCGUAACUCAGGAAAACGCCCAACUAGGAUCCUCACUUCCAUUCUACAUCAGCACCAAGGUCCCUGUCGGGGAUAAGACUGAAAGAGUCUACUCGUACAAUGUGUCUGCAGAGUUCAGGAAAAAUAUACCCGAGGUUUCACCGUUUCGUGGCAAGAAAUACAAACGCUGUGCCGUUGUAGGAAACAGCGGAAGUAUUCUGAACAGUGGAUGCGGAGCCGAAAUCGAUGACUUUGAUAUGAUCUUCAGAUGUAAUGCCGCACCGAUCGAUAAGUACGCGCACGACGCUGGAUGGAAAAGUAACAUCACAACGUUUAACCCCAGUAUAUUCUAUAGAAGAUUUAAUGCGCUGCAGACGAGGGAUGAUUACUUGCAUUUUAUGCAGAACAUCACCCAAUACAACGGUUACAUUUGGCUAGCCUGCUUCGGUUCCGCGGCUCUACAUAACGUAUGUCUCACCCCUGUCCUCGCCCAAGGCUCCCGCAAACCGAACGAGCCACACCUGGUGGUGUCGAACCCCAACCAGUUUGCCAACUUCUGGCAGUUCUGGAAGACAAGGAACGUGUCAAAGACGCCCUCUACCGGAUUCUUCAUGACACACGCAGCAUUGGAGCUCUGUGAGGAGACACAUCUCUACGGGUUUUGGCCUUUUCCCCUGCGGCUAGACUCGGGGUUCGAGCGGGUGCCGUACCACUACUUUGAUGACCUGGUCGUGUCCAAGCGGCACGGAAUGAGUGACGAGUUUUCAGUCUUUUUACAAUACCACGAAUUGGGUAUUUUGCGUAUACAUACGGGGAAAUGUCAGAGCGAGAAAACGUGAUAAAUUAGUCAAAUAAUGUUAUAAUUAUAAAUUAUGUAUUAAUAAUUAUCUAUUUUGUGGUGACUAUCCCUUUUGCAAACCUUUGCAAACUUCUGCAAUUAUCAUCUUAAUUCGUAUUUAUAGAAGUCGACUUAGUUUAACUGUGGUUUAAAGACAAAUAUUUGUUUUUGUAGAGGUGAACAAAAAUGUGUGGGCUUUCUGAUACUUUUUAUGUCAUUUUGGAUGAAAGCCAUAUUAGAAAUGUAUUCUGAAAAGGAUUUGUAGGGGGUGUAGCUCGGCAAAUACUGGUUAACGCCAUCUACGUCUUCUUUUGGACAACUGCCAACACGUAAACGAAUGGACUUGAUUAACGGUAGUCAGUGACUUAAUUUCUACAUGGUCAGCGUUCUCGAAACAGACCGAAGUUCUCAUCACGCUUCGGUUUCGCGUAUGUUGCACGCACUUGAUUGCUGCGGUCGUAUCGUCCGUACCCGAUUAGCCCAAGUCGGGCCACGGGAAAGACACGUAGUCUUGUCAUGUUACACUCCCUUUAAGUGUUUGAACCAGACAAUCAUGCUACGAGAUAAUGUGGCCUCAUAUACCCAUUUCUGUGGGGAUAUUUCUCUAUUCUUUUCUUUCUUAUGAUUUCUUCCUCAUUUUUUUUUGUUGCAUCGAUUAGUAAUUACGCACAAGUUAAAGGUCAUAAAUUUCGUAUUUGAUGUAAACCUUCACCACCAAAGUGUAUCAACUUUCCCAAUUACUUAUUAAGUUUACCGCUAGUAGGCCAACUUACAACUCUGUUAAAUUUAUAAGUGUAACGUAAUAACCAUUACCGUGGACAUUAUGAACGCCCAACACAAUCUGUGGGACAAAUUGAAUAAGCUACCACGAUUUUGCUUCAUUUUUAUUGACUUCAUUGCACAAUCACAAAUGAGAUUUCGCUAAACUGCUGUUGUCUCUUCUCCAUCGUUAUCUGUGAAUAGAAAGGGGGAGGGGAAACACUUCUUAUUUUUAUGAUAUUUUUUACUCGUGUAAUUAUCGCUAAGCAAUAUUUAUAUUUUGUGACAAUCAGUGUUUUUUGUGUUGGAUAGGCAGUGUUAAAGACGAUGCGAUUAUGACACGAAUAUCAUCUGGGAAGCGUUUUACAAAGACUCAUAUCGACUUCAAGUUGGACUUAGAUAUAGCAGGCCGUUCAUGCCAUUGUUUGCUCUCACCAUUUACUGGCAUUUGCCUCUCAAGGGAUGUACAAAUCAUGGUCACAAAUCUACAGCAUUUGUA